CUGCGGGAGCGCGCGGCAGUGCUACCACCAGACAGAGCAGCGGGAUCCCGGCGGCCGCUCACUCAUUCACACCGUUAGGAGGACCAUUUAGCCACACUUGAGCGGCCCCUUUCUUGAAAGCAACUCGAACAUUGGCCAAUGUCGGACGGAACCGAAGACAUUCCGGCGUCCGAAGAGACGCUGGUCGAAGAGCAGGAGGUUCAGGACAAAAUGAUCAAUCCAGAAAAAGCAGAGGAGGCCAAACUGAAGGCCAGAUACCCAAACUUGGGCAAUAAACCUGGCGGUUCCGAUCUGCUUCGUAAACGCCUUCAGAAGGGGCAAAAGUACUUUGACUCAGGUGACUACAACAUGGCCAAAGCCAAGAUAAAGAACAAGCAGCUGCCGACGGCAGCGGCACCCGAGAAGACAGAGAUCACGGGGGACCACAUCCCCACCCCCCAGGACCUGCCCCAGAGGAAACCCUCCCUGGUUGCCAGUAAAUUGGCAGGGUGAUGGCGCCGUCCUGCACCCCUCCACCCCCAUCUAGUCCAGAGCUUGUAACUUUACCUCUUCCAGCCCCCUCCCAGGACCACCUGUUUAGCCACUCAGCAGGAAAUGCCUUGCUACCUUUCAAAUUGUCUUUACCUUCCCCAACCGCCAUUGGCUGCUUACCAUGCUCUUGUCUCCUCCCACCCUUAUUGCCUCUCUCUUCCUUGCCAUGUAUAUUUCCAUUUGUCUCUCAUUCUUCUCAUGUAAUAUACACUGAAAGACAGCACGUCAACGUGGGCUAAGUGCCCCAAGGCGUGAAAGUGUGUGUUUGUGUAUAUAGUACAUUUCAUUUUCUUAGGCACGGGGGCAGACAUCAGCCUUUUAGCAUUUCACAUUUGUAUUAUUGUUUUCUGUAUUUUCCCCUUAAUUAAUGCAGCCCCCCCCCCCCCUCAACUUCGAAAUCAAUUUCCUCUCCAGAUCCCAAACUUUGUAAAAUAUAUCAUAUAAUGAAACCUCGAUUUAAGAGUAAGUCAGUUCACAAACAUUUCUUUUUCAAAGGAAUGUUGCAUAAGUUUACACACUGUAUUGGUUGAUGAACAUCAACGCGCAACACUAUUUGUUGGCGGAACAAGCGCAGGUCUGAUGAGUCACAACAAAUAACAUUCAGCAUAAUAAUGCGUCGUAUAUAUUUAAUCAUUUGUUUUUAUUUCUAUGCUGGGCUGUCAAAUUAUGUCAAUGUGGUCCAUGGCACAAAGGAAGUUGAGCGAAUGCUAGUGUUGGAUCCCAGAAAACACAUUCUCACUAGGAUACACACACACAACAGUUUUUAGAAUUGUUUGAGGACCCCCUGAAAAGAAUAAGGAAGUGAUUACAAGAAGGUCAAAUAAUCCAGCGGCAAAGAUCAUAGCUAAGGAUACCAGGGGCGCACAGGGUACCGAAAACGGAGUGCCGGUGUGCACACUAGAUGCUCUGACCGGGGACAUAGUGCGCGAGUGCGUCAAGUAGCACAAAGGAAAACAUUUCAAGCACAGGCUGCUGAUUGGUUUGGAACAUGGGCUGUGUUAAGAAAUGAACUCUCUCCGAACACAUGCUCAGAGUCAGAGUGAAUUUCUUAAUGCGCCCUAGAUACUGCAUUCAAAGGCCCCCCUGGAGCAGGAACUUUGCCUUCAGCGUGAAGAUUAAGAGGUGUUUUGCAACACAGUUGCUUGUAGCUCAGAGAUUCUCCUUCCCACUUGCCAGAUUGGAGGAAGUAGCUUUGCGCUAGUAUGACGCACUCUCCCACACUGAUCUCUCUUUACCAAGGUCCUUGUAGAUGAAGUUUACCAUCAGAUUGUGCUACAUCUCAGUGAGCAACUCAUCUGUCUGAGCUGUGCAUGUAUAUGGCUGCCCUCCGGUUAAUUUGUGCCAUUUUGUUAUGUAAAUAAAAUAGUUUUGCA